GGGGCAUCAGAUCAAUUUCGUUCUCUCUACAGUAGUGCUGCAUAUCCAAUGUUGUACUCGAUUAACCACAGGUUAAUGACACUCUCCUACAGUCCCAUGAAGAUUCUCAUCCCCCCAGCACGUUCCACGGAAAUAACGCCUCCAGCCUUGACAGACGUCAUGCCUAGCGCGCAACAGUCACGUCCCAAGCUUAUGGCGCGGGCAUCCCCCCCUAAGCUGGGAGAUCUAACUAGUAGAAAUGAGGGGAAGUACGAGAUCGACUUCCAAUAGCGUUGGCAUCGCGAUGAGGGAUUAUGCUGUGACGUCUUCUAGCAUAUGGGGUAUACGGAGCCGAGAGCAUGAGACGAGGCAUGCUUAAGCAGUCAUGGUCCGCUGAAUAGGCUGAUUCUGUGCAUCUGCUAGCACUUUUCUCACGCUGGUACUGGUGUUGAGGCUCAACAGGCUUUGGAUUAGGCUGUUCUUCUUCUUCGUUUAGUGUUGCUUCGACGCUUGUUCAUUAUGACUACUCAAGGACCUAUGGCCCCAGGGCCGUCGAUUACACGGGAUUGGGCAGAUGACCGUUCGGACAACCGUUUGAACAGUAUCACGUCUGGUACAAGCGCUACGCCUCUGACCCAAGCGCAAACACAGCAUUCGGCGCAUUCUACCAACUCUGAACUCUCGCCCCACCGAACGUCGUCGAGCGCUCAACGGAAGCGAUCCAUACUCGGCUUGCAUCCUCAAGCACCUAUCGACGAAGAGCAUGAUCAUGGUGCGGCGUCGGAGUUGCUUUGGUCGCGUAUAAGGACGGUGAUGAGGGAGCCGUUUGCGGAGUUCUGGGGGACUGCUAUAAUGGUUAUGUUUGGUGAUGGAGCGGUUGCGCAGGUGUUGCUUUCGACUGGACAGACGACUGCUCCGGGUGGUAACGGGUUCGGACAGUAUCAGUCGAUCAACUGGGGCUGGGGCCUGGGCGUCAUGCUUGGUCUGUACGUAGCGGGCGACUCUGGUGCAUACCUAAACCCAGCCAUUACUCUCAGCAAUUGCAUCUUCCGUCAGCUACCCUGGCGGCGGUUCCCAAUGUACUUCGCUGCACAAAUGCUUGGUGGGUUCGUUGGGUCUGGGAUCGUGUACGCGAACUACAUCAGCUCCAUCGACUGGUUCGAGGGCGGGAAGAUGCGAACAGUGCCUCCGGCUGAGAAGGCUACUGCGAACAUAUUCUGCACUUACCCACAGCCAUUCCUUACCAAGACCAGCCAGUUCUUCUCGGAGUUCAUCGCAAGUACAUUGUUGAUGUUCGUCAUCUUUGCGCUGAAGGAUCCGAGCAAUAAUGGUGUUCCCAAGUCCGACAAAUGGUUCCCUCUUUGCCUGUUCUUCCUUAUAUUCGGCUUGGGCUCUUGCUUCGGCUGGCAAACUGGCUAUGCGAUCAAUAUCGCUCGUGACUUUAGCCCAAGGUUGAUGUCGUACGCUGUUGGGUAUGGCCAUGAGGUGUGGUCCGCUGGCGGCUACUACUUCUGGGUAUGUGUUUUUAUAUCACUCAUAGCUCUUGCUGACCAUGUCUAGAUUCCGAUGGUAGCACCAUUCCUUGGCUGCGCGUUUGGAGGCUUCCUCUACGACAUCUUCAUCUACACGGGUUCCAGUCCUAUCAACUCGCCAUGGCUCGGCUUGAAGCAGCUCACUCCAGGUAACGCGAUGCGAGCAAGGAGAGAGCACAUAAGGAGAGAGAAAGAAGAAGGGAUUGUGUAAUACUUUUUUCUUUGUAUCUGACCAUGAGGCGUGACAAGGUAGAUAUUCAAUGAACAGAAAUGCAGGCUCUGCAAGCAGCCAACCUCUCUUUGUCGAGGUACUCUUUAUCCGUAUAGUAUAAGGGCAGGUAGUUAGGUUCGAUAGGAAUGACAUUCCAUCUGUUUAACAAGAAUGUGGACGCUUUCGACUACU